CAUGUUUAUGCACGAAACGUGUUUACUCCUUUUCGAUAAUUUGAUUUAGAGGUUUAUAGUCAUGUCUAUUUGUGAAAUAGAUUGUGGAACUAACGAGUAUAGUUUUGAUGAGCUCUUUCUUUUUCACAUUUUGGUGCAUGCAGGUGCCAGAAGAACAGAAUAGCUAAAGCGAUGAAGCAGUGACUUCAUCGAAAGUGCAAAUACGAGGAUGGGAAUUGUCACACGGAGAAGCCGGGGACGAAAGUUGAGAAAACCCUGGACACCAGCCUCCUCCCUCGACCAAGACGAGAGGAGAUGAGACGACCACGACGUCUGAUCAGGGUGGGAGAAGAGAGCAGCUCCUAGAGCAUUGGUAUCGUGGGGCGCAUGAUUCCCAACAAUGGACGACGCUUAAAACCGACCGGUAUUUGAAUCACGCCGCAAAGAAGCUAAUUCAAUACUCUCUCUCUCUCUCUCUCUCUCUCUCUCUCUCUGCGCAAUGAACAGCUGGACACUGUUGAGUGCUGAAUUCCCGGGUGGGCUUGGCUUUAGGAAAGAAGACUGGGUCAUCGCCAGUUCACACACCGCAGCGCGUCGAUCGGGAUGGCGCUCUCAAGGUACUUGUUUCGACCUGCAUCCCGUCUUGCACGCGAUGAAUGGGGCGUCCACACUGUUAACGGCAACUGGCAACCGGCAUCAGCAGGAGAUGCAGAAGCUGGAAGGUUGCCUGAGGCUGAAACAAGAGGCGUUGGAUGAGGAUAUCUUCGACCUCAUGGUUUCGAGAGAUGCUGUCUGGGAACGCUUGGAGGAGGCCGAGUAUCUAAUCCUCAACAGGGACAGGGAGCUAUCAGCUGCGAUGGAGCGGGAGUCGGCGCUUAGGGAGGCUGUGGAGAUCAAAGAUAGGGAGAUUAACUCGAUGAAGGUGUUGCUGGAAAUGUCCAAUAAAAGCAAUAAUGCACGCUACUCGAACCAGUCCAGACAAAAUCGAGGUCAUGGCGAGGGCAAUGCUGGUGAUCUUGAUCACUUAAAAGAAGAAAUAGACCGACAAUUGGUAAACAUCAGGCGCAAUUUGGAGACUGGGAGGGUCUGCUUAACCGAAGGAAUGAGGGAGAUCUGUCGCUCUCGAAUAGGUCAAAGUGAAGAUUGCUCAAGCGUAGCCUCCGAGGCAGCAUCUGAGUGCACUAUGCCUACUGAUGAAGUGGAUGGUUUAUUCUUUCCCUACUUAAGUUUAAAUACUGGAAUUACAGAAUCAUAUGGUAACUCUGUGGAAGUUAGCAGUAUACAUGAUCGCCUAUCCAACAUCCACAGACCUUCGUGGGUUGAUUUGCAGAAGAUGUAUUUCCAAUUGUCUGAGACAAACAUGGCAUUCAACCAAAUGGUGGAUGUUCUUCAGAGAACCUUGGAUGUGCUAUUCUUAAAGAUGAAGCAAAUGAUUUAUACAUACGAGACAAGCCUUUCUGAAAAAUGUUGGGAGCAUAAGCUUGUGUCCGGAGUGCUGACGACAGUUCUUCAGUGUUUCAUGGAGGAGCUUCAGGAGGCUUCUGGGGCUAGAACUGCACACAAAAUGCUAAAUAAGCAGGUCAUAUCAUCAAAUGCCCAGCGUUUCAUUGUGAGAGAGGCAAAUACCUGCUUAGGAAAUGGAUUCAAAAGUUCCUUGUGUGCUUCUGCUGAUGAAAAUUUGAGAAAGAACCUUCAAGGAAAAAAGCGUGACUUUGAAGGGGUAUCUUCUUUGGAAGAUGAAGAUCAACACCGUGUUUCUCCUAUGACAGGCAUCAGCUCGUCUUGCACAUCCUUGGAGAAUAGUCGGCUAGGAACCUUGGUGCAUCCACCAAACGCUUAUUUGGAACAUCAUAACAGGGUUUCUUCUGUAACAGGUAUGAACUCAUCUUACACAUCCUUGGAGAAUAGAUGUCUAGGAACGUUGGUGUGCCCACCAAGAUUGGAAUCCCUUUGCCAAGCCACCCAUUCAGUUGCUAUGAUGAUCAGGAACCAUGAAUCUUUGAUUAGAAGAAAAAUGAAAGAAAUGAGUAUGGAAGAUAUGCACUGGUACAAAGGAGAGAUUUCUAGGACCGAGUAUUCACCAUUAAGAAGGGUAACUUCAUCUGAUGCUAAAAGGAAGAGGGUUCUGGGUAUUGCUUCAAGAUUGGACAACAACAUCAUGGAGAAUACGGUAACAUCUACAGGUCAAAGGGUCCAUAGCAGAUUUUGUAAGAGGGAUUUACUUUUUCGCUUGAACUUUCCUGCGAAUGAGAAACUUGACAGCUUAGACGAUGUGUUGGACUGUCCUUCAAAUGAAGUGAAUCUGCAAGACAUAGCAGAAAUAAAGUGUGAGAUGGAAGAGGUUGAUUUCCAGGCCAUGAUGACUCAAGAAGUGUUCUCAGUUCUUCUCCUAAAAUCUGUGGAGGAAGUAAAUUAUCAACUACAUGAUCAGGCUAUCUUGAGCUUCAUGAAGGAUGACAUACUUGGACUUGUUAUCAAAGAUAUUAUUCUGAACUGGGAUGAGGAAAAAGAUCUUGAUGUAAAUAGAAAGGUAGAAGCGGGCAUCAAGAGCACUACCGAGUCGUGUUUGUGCAAAAUCAAUUAUUUAGGAGAUUCAAAGAGAGAGAAAAUUCUUCCACAACAAACCAUUUUAAAAACCAUGGCUACAGAAGUAUAUCAGCCAUCACCAGUUUUGGAUACGAUAAGUAAGAGAAGCUUUUGUUCAUCUAGUGGAACAGACUCCGAUAAGGAGAGAAGGGAACUAGAACAAGAUAGAGAGGAUGGUGACUUUCAGACCAUGGUAAUGAAAGAGGUGCUUUUGCUCCUGUAUGGGGAAUCCGUGAAGGAAUUUGGCUUUCAUCUAGAACAUGGUUCCAUAUUGACCCUAUUGAUAGAAGACACCCUUAGGCUCAUUGUUAGGUGGACACUUACUAACUGGGAUUCUUUGGACUCUUGUGAUGUUGAAAACUUGAGUGGCACCAGUGAAACCAAUAAUUUCUCAAGGAAAAGUGACUACUGGAGAUACCAUGCAACAGAAAAAUUUCUAUCAAAAGCACAAAGCAGACCUGAAGGUAAUGGAGAAGCGACCAGUCAACGCAUUCAUGUGGUACACAACCUCAAUCAGGUAAUUCCUAGCCGAUGUGAUACAAGCUUGUCUAAAGAAAUAAGGAUGCUGCAACAGGAUAAGGAAGCCACUGAAAACCAUAUUACGACAGUGAAGGAAAUCGUUGUGCUUUUAUUCAGAGGCUGUCUAGAAGAAAUGAGGUAUCAAGUUGACGAUGUUGUCGUAUUGAAUCUUAUAAAAGAAGACAUUCUUACACUUGCUUUUAUGGAGGUGCUCGUGGACUGGAAGAAUCAAAUUAGUGGGUCAGAACCAUCAAAUUCAGGCAGAUAUGACAAUAAAAAAUCUUCAUGUUUACCUAGAUGUUUUAUACCUUGUGACACACUUUGGCCUACAGAUCCUGAUGGCAUAUGUGCACUGCCACUGGUUUUAGAAAAUUCCAUUUCAGGUGAUUCAGUAACUUCUCCAUUAUCUGAGAUAAACUUCCGUGAGAAAAUAAGGGAACUAAAAGAAGAUCAGAUUCAGUCUUGCAGCCGGACUAUGAUAAUGAGCAAGGUCUUUGGUGUUCUAUUUAGAGAAUAUACACUCGAGCUUUUUAUUCAACUAGAAGAACAUGUUAUAUUGGGGCUGAUGAUGGAAGAUGUUCUUAAGCUUGCUCUCAGAGAGAUGCUCAUUGACUGGAACUGUGAAAAGGACUUCUGCACUUUUGGGUCUUUAAUCACAGGGGAUGUUUAUCUGACCAUUUUUAGAGAGGCCAUAGAAAGCAUAGGGUGUGUCGUCGAUGCUGGCUUGUCAAUAUCUGGAACAGGCAGCAAAUGCAAAAGUACCGUCAAAUGCUUGCCAUUUUGUGGUUGCCAUGCAGCAUACAUGCAUGUGGGAAAUGAUGAGAUUCAUAAAAAGGUUCUGAAUCCCUUGUUUAAGUUCAUUAAAAGAAAUCACGUAAUGAUAAAUGAUUGCAGAAAUACAAUGGAGCACCAUACAGAUUUUGGGUUGGGUUCUCAGGAGCUGAAAGAGUUGAAUAAACAAGAAAUUCAGAACAGGGACAUUUUGGAUGAAAAGGGGAGUAUUUUGGGUGAACACAAUGAAAGACUUCAGCAGGCUUUGAAACCAAUGUUGUGGAACAAGAUAUGGAUGAGGGAAUUUGAACCUUGCCUGGAUGUCAUGUUGAGGGAUUAUGGGCAGAAGGUCAUUACUGAAACCGUCACUGAGUGUACGAAAUGGACACCAUGCCCAUAUGUUGAUAAUGAAGAAAAAAAGGAGAAUAUCCAAGAAACUGUUGAUGUCUCCACAAUGAACCUUUCACAAAUGUUCCUUGAUUUAGAGCAUGUAGUGCACGAGAAACUAAGUAUUGUCAGCUCAAGGUUAGAAGAACUGAAUGAGCAACUUCAUCCACUUUCUGAGCGGGCAAGCACAUUAAGAAACAGAGAAUUUGUCCACAGAAUAGCAUUCAAGAGGAGAUGUUGCGACCUUCAAAAAGCUGAGAUAGAGGUGGAUUUGCUAGCUGAUGAAGUGGACAUGCUUUUGAGACUUUUUGAGAAAGCUUAUGUCGCUCUUGAUUACUAUUCACCAGUUUUGCAACAUUAUGCUGGGGUCAUGGACAUUAUGAAUUUAAUAAGGCGGGAGCUAACAAAGGAGUUCACUCUACUUUGACAUGAUAAAAUACAUAAAAAUGUGGCGUUCAUGUUUGGCUUCGUUACAUUCCUGGGACAAUUUUUUGGACAAACUCUACUGCAUAGUGAUAUGAGGUCUCUUGGGCUGUAAGAAACUUUUUGAUCUUCUGUUCAACUCAGAUUAUAAAACCAAGUCUGGUUUUUCUCAUGACAUGGAGAACUUCACAACUUACAUAUUCAAUUUGAUGAAGCGUGAGGAAUUUUUUGCAUCAUAAGGAGGACCCAUCAUCUUGUCACAG